AUGUCGACUAAUGAAUAUGAUCCUUAUGCAGGUCAAUAUCCACCUCCGCCACCCUUACCUGCAGAAGAUUUAGCUGUGCAUGAACAACUUUAUCGCCGACAAUCAGAGCCAUUUUAUCUGAUAGAUCAAUCACAUCCUAGAGAUGAUGAUUAUCAUCCUUCUAGUGGUCAUACAGUCACUGCCUCUCGUCAUUCUAUGCCUGAAAUAAGAGGCCAUUACUAUGAAGAACAAGAACAAGAAGAUCCAGAUGCUAUGGAUUUAAGAGACUAUCUUUAUGCUGAACGACAAGAGAAAUUACGAAAUCAACAGACUGUAUCAAGACCUGAAGUCUAUUCAGAUAACGUGUAUUAUGAAACUAUAUCUCCUACCAUGGUAUCCCCGCCUAUUCUGUUUGAACCAUCGUUUGUGUCUCCACCUCUAUUUCAACAAGGUAGUCAUCCUUCCAUGGUACCUCCUGUUCUAUUACCACCACCACCACCACCACCACCACCAAUGAUGAUGAUGGCUAAUACAGAGAAAUACAGUCAAAGACACACUUGUUGUUGUUGUGGUGGUGGUGGUAGUGGUGUUUCUUGUUUUGCAUGUAUUUGGACACUGUUCUUGAUUGUCAUUUUUUUAGCUGGUAUAGCACUGAUUGUUCUCUCUAUUAUGAUGGGCCAUCAAUGCAAUAGUGAAUUUGCAGCACAACAUGUUAUUUUAUGCAGACAAGAAUUUCAUGAUGGUACUUUAUAUGGUGGUAUUGUGAUAGCAGGACUAACAGCGUUAAUUAUCGUGUGGCGAUUAUUGAAAUGGCUAUGUAGAAAUCCUCUUUGA